UGUCAAAAUUUACAAAGAGUGACGUUUCGCCCAUUUGUAAUUUUCAUAAAAAUUGUUUGCCGAUUGUCUGGUGACAAAUUCGUUAAGUUUUAGGGCAUAUAGUACGUAUGGAUGGUUAAGUAUUAGUGAGGAUGUCGGAGCAAGAUAAAAAAAGUGGCGGGAGUGGGGGUUCUGUGGUGAUGGUGGAGAAGUCUGCUUCGAGCAGGCACAAGCCGUAUCGCCCCACGGAGUUGCAGGACGAGCCCGCGCCGGACUUACACAAGCGCUCCAAAGCGCCUGCGGUUCCUUCCGUGGCAGAAGAACUGAAAGAUACAACCGUUUCCGAGACACCCGCCACAGUAGACCGAAUGGAAUGCGAGCGCGCUAUGUCCUCUGAAAAACACAUGCAUGUGCCGAAGAACAUAUCCUCCACUGGCAAGAGACGAGGCAACUCGCCGGAGGAGAUCACAAUGGUCUCUCUUGAUGCUAAUAAGAGAGAUACUAUCGCACCACCAGCGCCAAUUCCUGUCCAAGUUGAAAAAGUAGUCUCUGAGGCCUCAGGCCUGGAGGCCGUCGGGAAGAUGGACGAGGAGAAAAAGGCAGACGACGACAGCAUAACAGAGGAAAUUACAGACUUGCGGACCCCCGAAGCGGCGGUCAAAGAACACUCUGAAUGGCCAUCCUACUCUGCUAAUAUAAAGAAAAAGGAAAUUUCUUGGAAGGAUAGCGAAUACUUGGACAAUGUGCGACUUGAGGGCAUUAGCGCCAAAGCUACGCGAUGCCAAUCUAUCUUUCGAGAUUUGAACGCCAAGAGUCAAGCUGCUAUUCUGGAGAGGAAGCCAUCAAUUGGUCCAUGUUUCAAGCCUAGAAUGCUCUAUGGAGGCCCAUCUGGUAUUACUAUCUGUGUGCCGAAGAAAUCAAUAAGGACUAUGAAAGAAGAGUUUAAUCCCAUACAGUCAGUAAUUGAUUUUAAUGUUUCCAAGAAAGCGGUAACAAAGUCUACACCUCACAUCAUCAGUACCAAACAAGUUCCCAAGAAAACGCCAAUGAAACUGGAGAAGGAAGCUUUAAAGAUUGAUGAUGAUCAACAGCAUAUCAAGUUUCUUGGUGUUCUUCGAACUAAACUGGACAAUAUGAGUGGCAGAAUCAGAAAUUUACUCAACAUGUGA